AUGAGAAUCAAUACUAGCACGGCCGCCUUCGCCGGCCUCCUCGCCGCCGCCACCAGCGCCACGGCUCAAAACGCGACGAGCACCUGCGCGACUGGCGUGUACAUCAUCGUGGCCCGCGGCAGCAACGAAGCCCCCGGAUCCGGCAGAAUCGGUAGCGUCGCCAAUGGCACCGUGGCAGCCAUCCCCGGGUCCCAGAUCGCGCCGCUCGACUAUCCGGCGUCGUUUGACAACUACUCCAGCUCCGUCGCCGUGGGCGCGGAGGCCCUGAAGGCCGCGUUGACAUUGUACAACUCGCGAUGCCCAAACUCCAAGGUUGCGCUGUUGGGAUACUCGCAGGGUGCACAGGUGACAGGCGACAUUUUGUGCGGCAGCGUCGACGAAGACGAGGGUGAGGCUCUGAACAUUGAGUUCAACCAGACAGCUCCCGUUGCCGCAUCCGUCGUGGACCAAAGUGUCAUUGCUGUGGUCCUCUUUGGAGACCCAACACACAAUGUCAGUGCAAGCUGGAACAAGGGCACGAGUAAGCGUAAUGGACUCUUCCCCCGUGAGAAUGUCACCAAGUGCGAGGCGUACGCGUCCAAGAUCGAGUCAUACUGCGACACGGGAGACAUCUACUGCGAUCUCGGUAACAACACCAGCGUUCACGGGUCAUACUUUGCCAACUACACGGACGAUGCAGUCGAGUUUAUCGCGGCGCAGUAUAAUGCGUCCCAGGAAACAAAAGGUUCUUCCCCGACGGCCACCCCUACCACGAUUCCAGGCUCCGGAUCUGCCGCAUCUGCUCCGGGCUUGCUGAUGUCCUUGGCUGGUUUGUCUAUGCUUGCCGCUUUCAUCUUGUAA